AUGAGUGGUGGUUCACAAAUUCUUCGUAAUAUUAAUUAUCGCGAUGAUAUUGGACCGGUAGAGCUUUUAAUAGUAAUCUACAAGGAAUGCUUUAGUGCUGCCAUUCCACGAACUUAUUUUGCCGGUGUUCAGCGCAGUGUUUUUGCGCCACGGCCGCGAUGUGGCCCACACAAACUGCGUGAAUCACUGCCUCUCAUAUUGUUUCUACGCAAUCGUCUAAAAUAUGCACUGACAUACAAUGAGGCACGUAUGAUUUGCAAGCAGCGCCUGAUCAAAGUCGAUGGCAAAGUACGCACUGAUAUGCAUGUCAUCAGGAUUGAUAAAACGGAUGAGACUUUCCGCCUGCUGUACGAUUCUAAAGGACGUUAUGCAACUCAUCGCAUCACGGAGAACGAAGGGAAGUUCAAGCUGUGUAAAGUUGUGAAAAAAGCUGUUGGCCCAAAAGGAGUACCUUUUGUAGUUACACACGAUGCUCGAACUAUCCGUUAUCCCGAUCCACAUAUUAAAGGCAAUGUAUGCAUGGUAACUGGUGGCAGGAAUAUGGGCCGUGUUGGUAUUGUCGGCCAUCGUGAGAAGCAUCCAGGAUCAUUCGAUAUUGUGCACGUGAAAGAUGCUGUAGGACACAGUUUUGCUACUCGGCUCAACAACGUGUUUAUCAUUGGUAGAGGGCCGAAAGCGAUGGUCAGUUUGCCGGGGCCGACGAAGGGUGUUCGCUUGACGAUUGCCGAGGAGCGGGAUCGCCGGUUGGCCCAGAAGCGAGCCAUCUGA